AUGGCCUCAACAGCACCAGCACCCUUGGUCCCGCCGCGUCCCUCGAGGGCAUCAAAUAAUGACGCUGCCUCCGCAUCUGCCCCCGUGCCCGCCAUCCCGCCGCGGCCUUCCACGAAGCCACGUUCCACCCCUGAGGAGGGAGAGGCGGAGGGGGAGCAGCAGCAGCAAGAGCCAGAGCUCCACACCAUCUCACCAUCUACGGAAUUGCAUCAACCUGUGGCCAGAGUUCCGUACAGAACUCCAGUGAGGAAGAAUACUGGGAUCCCGCAGAUUGGGAAAAGAGUCCCAAUGUAUCCGAAUGCGGGAGAUGUGCAGGCCCCAACUCCAGCAGCUACGCCUGGGGGUGGGAGAAAGGCGCAUGUGUAUAAGGAGGAAUGGGAGAUGGAUGAGGGGGCAUACGGGAGCCAUGGAACGCCGAGGGUGAAUCCGCAUGCCCGAAGUGUGAGCGAUCUCAACCAAUCGGUUGCACAGGGAUUGUCAGCACCAGAAACCUCCACUCCGGUUCCUGACGAAGAAAUCGGUUAUCUAGCCAGCGAACACUAUGCACGCGUUAUCUCUCCGCCCGAAUCUGGGACCCCCGUGGUCGGUUUCUCCGACCAAGAUACUGCUUCGCUAGCUCGAGCAAUUGGAGGGGAUGCUUCUGAAGAUAAGGAUUCGGAGCUUGCGAUACAUCUGGAUCCCCCGACUUAUCACCACCAUCUGCAUAACCACCACCCCCACCGUAUCCCAAGCUCGAGACCGGGAACCAGGCCUAGUACUAGGCCUGCUUCUCCGACUAAGCACUAUCACGAUGAUGAAGAAGAUGCAAAUGAUACGGAAACUGAGAUUGAGAGGGAGCAAGAGUACCCCAUCUUGGCCGCUGAUGAAGUAUUGAAGAGAGCUGGUGGAGGCUAUAUGGCGCCAGCUAUUUCGCCGCCUCUUGCUGCAUGGAGACCCGAGUCUGCCGUUAAUUCAAGGCCGCACUCAAGGCCUCAAUCAACUCAUCCGGGUAUGGAUGAUGAUGAUGAUGAUGACGAGGAUGCAGAUGUCGAGCCAGUCAGGUUGUCCGGCCAUGGCUUCGAGUCGAAAGAAUCACUCGUUCGGGAGUCUUUAGAAUCCGGAGAACGUCCUGAACCAUUGUUCCCCGAGUCCGAUGACGAAGCCGAAGGAAAGGAAACACCAGGGGAGAUGAAAGUUCACGAAAAGCCAAAGCGACCUGGAAUGCCGGAGUCUAUAGGAUCUUCAGGUGGACACAGGUUCCCGAGUAAGGAUGUUUGGGAAGAGGCGCCAGAGUUCUCGCAGUUGGAAGCAACUGUCUCAUCUACCCCGCCUCCGAAAGAUACGGAGAUGACAGAUGAGGAAAGAGAAGCCGACAGGACUAUCCCAAAGAGGACCGAUGGAAAGCCGGAAACUGGUGUUAAAUUUAUUCACGGCCAGCCGAACGAGCAUUAUGUACCCGGUGAUGAGGUUGAGUUCGAGAGAAAACAGAAAGAUGCAUUAAAGAAGACAGUGGAAUACAGACAUCAUGUCAACCGCGAAGGACGAGACGAUGGCCUCGAGAAGCUCCUUAAGCGCGGAUCUAGCACUGAUGAUCCCGAUAAGCUAGGCGCCAGUUCCAACCGCGAGAAGGUCAAAAGGUUCCCUAGUAAUGAUAUCUGGGAGGAUGUGCCACCCAGCUUGGAGCUCAGUGCCGAACUCACAUACCUCCCUGAAGAAGAGUACUCUGCAACGGAGCCCAAAGAUCGCGCAACCACUAGCGGCACCACAAAGUUCGAAGACCCUAACACUUUAGAGGUUGAAAAACGUCCUACGACCGGUGCUCCUAUCGAGGCCAGCUCAAGACCAGAAAUUCCUGCCCGCCCAGCAGUUCCAUCCGCAAGACCGGCACCUAAGGUGCGAGGCGCUCCCCCCACACUUCCGGAUCGCCCACAAGCCUCGGACCAGCCUGUAACGGAGAAGAGGCUGCCGCCAGGUCUUCCUGAUCGCCCAAAACCAAAGGUCCCAUUGAACCGCCCGGUGCGUCCUGUUGGAAGCUUGGUCGCAAAAUCCCCAUCCGCGGAUGCAGUCCCCACACUCCCGAAAUCAAAACCAUCAGUACCUCCCCGUACAGGCGGCAAGAUUGCAGCCUUGAAGGCAGGUUUCCUUAGCGAUCUCGACAAUCGGUUGAAACUCGGCCCUAUGGCUCCGAAGAAAACGGAGGAAGAAGCCCCCGCGAGCCCAGAGAAAGAGAAGGAGAAAGAGGUUCUUGCAGAUGUGAGGAAGGGCCGUGCAAAAGGUCCAAGAGGGCGGAAGUUGCCCACUGCAACUACAACUGAGGCUGCUGCACCUAAGGAAGAGCAGAAGCCAGAAAUAAUGAGCGUGGGCGUCUGGAGCAUCUGGAGUGUGGGUGAUCAAGGAGACGUUGAGGUCCUCACAGACUCACCGCCCCCUGAGAAAAAGAAGGCGCAGGAAGACAAGAAGGAAAAGAAGGAGGACUCCUCUGUUCCCGCCGUGACAACAAGCACGCUUCCUGGUGUAACUGGUACCGGUGCUCAAACCGUCCCGUCAGUCUCGGACACGCAGGAGAAGGAUCUUGAAGUGCCAGCUACCACCGCAGCAGAAGAGAAAGAAGAAAAGGGUGCUCUACCAACCGUUAUUCCGGCUGAGGAACAUCCCGGAGAUGCGGCUCCGGCUACUGCUGACAAAAAGAGCGAUACUGAUGCGGUCGGGGAAGCCGAAAAGGGCAGAGUAGAUGAAGCGGCCGAGGUUGCGGUUGCGGGCGGGGAUGUGAGUAAUACGGAAGGAGACGCUAGGGUUGAGGUUUAA